AUGUUUUCCCGAUUUUCCAUUAAAUGUUUUACUUCUUUAUCCAGUAAUAGUAAACGACAACAAAUUAUGUGUAUGAAUACUUUUGCUAAGCAAAAUUUUAGAAAUCAAUUAAUAUGGAAUGUUCCUAAAAUUCAUAAAACGACGAAAAAUCCGAUAGCGACAAUAUAUCAAACUAGGAAAUUUACUAAUUCAAAAGUGACUUUCCAUAAAGAAAUCACACCGCCGAAAGAAGGGGAAGGGGUAACGAUUAAUUUCGUUACUCGCGAAGGAGAUAAAAAAACAAUAGUAGCCAAUGUUGGGGAUAGUAUUAUGGACAUUACUCAGGCACAUGAUAUUGAUUUAGAAUGUGCGUGUGAAGGAUCAUUAGCGUGUUCUACGUGUCAUGUAAUAGUAGAACCCAAGUAUUAUGAGAAACUUGAUGAACCGACAGAUGAAGAAAAUGAUAUGUUGGAUCUUGCAUUUGGUUUAACAGAAACUUCACGAUUAGGAUGUCAGAUCGUGAUGAGAAAAGAUCUAGACGGGAUAACAGUUACCAUACCUUCUGCAACGAGAAAUGUCAAGUUGGAAGGUAGAUAA